UUCUACACGGAAAUCUUCUUCAUUUCUCACGGUGAUGUUGUUCUUGCGUCAGGCAAUCUCUACAGCCCCUCGCUGCCAGUGACGUCGUCGCACCAGCAAUCGCACCCGAAGCCGUCAUCAGAGCCCUUACAACGACCUCCGCCGCAAACGUACUCACAACAGGUGCACCCGCCAUGGAAAACCAGCAGCGACGCCCCUUCGGCCCCCCUGGGCCCGCCGCCUCCGCCUCCGCCGGUCACCGGCGGCACGGUGUCGUACGCGGACCUGGCCGUUGCGACGGGCGGGUUCUCGGACGCCAACCUGCUGGGGCAGGGCGGGUUCGGGCGCGUCUACCGUGGCGCGCUGCCGGGUGCGGGGGAGGUGGCCAUCAAGCGGCUGCUGCCCGGGAGCGGGCAGGGCGACCGCGAGUUCCACGCCGAGGUGGAGAUCAUCAGCCGCGUGCACCACCGCCACCUCGUCUCCCUCGUCGGCUACUGCAUCCACGCCGACCAGCGCCUGCUCGUGUACGAGUACGUGCCCAACAAGACGCUCGAGCUCCACCUGCACGGGAGCGGCCAGCCGACGUUGGAGUGGCCGCAGAGGUGGAAGAUCGCGCUCGGAUCGGCGAAGGGGUUGGCCUACUUGCACGAGGACUGUGAUCCUAAGAUUAUUCAUCGUGAUAUCAAGGCGGCUAAUAUUCUCCUGGAUUACAACUUUGAGCCAAAGGUUUCAGAUUUCGGUUUGGCCAGGAUCCAAGCCGGAGGUGACACUCAUGUCUCCACGCGCGUGAUGGGAACCUUCGGAUACUUGGCGCCAGAGUAUGCCCUCAGUGGCAGAGUAACUGACCGGUCCGACGUCUUCUCCUUCGGUGUCGUGCUUCUGGAACUCAUCACCGGGAGGAGGCCUGUUCUGUCAUCUGAGCCCUACAACGACGAGACUCUGGUUUCCUGGGCAAGACCUCUGCUGACAAAAGCUCUCGAAGAGGAUACCUUCGACGAGUUGAUCGACCCCAAGCUGGCCGCUAACUACGACGCCGUCGACAUACAGAGGCUGAUCGCCUGCGCCGCCGCUGCGGUGCGGCACACGGCACGGUCCCGCCCGCGGAUGAGCCAGAUUGUUCGGUACCUGGAGGGACAGCUGUCCACCGAGGCCCUGAACGCCGGCGUCGCGCCGGGGCAGAGCGAGCUGCAGGACGAGCACGCGGGCGAGCAGAUGCGGCGGAUGAGGAGGAUGGCGUUCGUGCCGGGGACCACCGGGACCCUCACCGCGGACCUGAGCAGCAGCUACAUGAGCGAUCCGACGAGCGAGUACGGGCUGCACCCGUCCAGCUCGAGCGCCAGCGACGACGCCGGCACGGGCGAGGUGGUGGGCACGCCGAGGUCUACGGACACGGGGGAGGCGGACACGCAGAGGACGAGCCCGAGCCGGCCGCAGACCGGGCCUGGCGCGGGCACGCCCGAGGGGACGUCGGGACAGAACUCCGGCGCCGCCGUGGGGAUGAGCAGGCGCACGCGGUCGGGACGCGCCGGCGUGUGACGCCUGCAAAGAUGUUGGUUUUGCCAGAAUAGAUUGCCAGUGUCUUGAGCUAGCAGUAGGAAGUUUGUCGGGUCUUGUUUUAGGAUUCUGGAUUCGUUAGGGGCGUACAAGUAAACAGAGUUAUUGGGCUGUGUGUGUAAAAGGUCGAAACUUUUUUCUAUUGUCUAAAAAAAUUAAACAGGGCCAUAUGCCAGAAUUUU